GACUUGAGAAGAAGCCAAUAUGAACCAAUCGGAAGCUUAAACACGGAACUGUCCCUCCUUGCGCCAAAGGAACCAAUAGGAAGUGCGGGCGGUGUGUUUGAAAGCGAGGCCAAAGAGGGUGGGAGCGCGUGCUGCUGGGAGUUGUUUGGAGGCUGGUGGCUCUGGGCUGAAGUUCCCCAGGCAGAGCGAGCAUGUCGCACAAGCAAAUUUAUUAUUCGGACAAGUAUGACGACGAAGAGUUUGAAUACAGGCAUGUCAUGUUGCCCAAGGAUAUAGCCAAGCUGGUCCCUAAAACCCACUUGAUGUCUGAAUCUGAAUGGAGGAAUCUUGGUGUUCAGCAGAGUCAGGGAUGGGUCCAUUAUAUGAUCCAUGAACCAGAACCUCACAUCUUGCUGUUCCGACGGCCACUACCCAAGAAGCCAAACAAAUGAAGCUGGCGAGCCACCUUUCAGCCUCAAGCUUACACAGCUGUCCUUCCUGCUAACAUCUUUCUGAUAAUACGAUUGUGUUGCCUUCUCCUGUCUCACUGUGAUAUUUAAAGGAUGUUCCACACACUGUUUGAAUAUGCUGGCGAUGCCUUGCUUCUCGAGUACAGCCGCCGACAGCCUGCCACGCUGGUCCCUG